AUGGCGGACGCACGAAAACAGCUCGACAAUGCAUCUUACGCUAUCGGGUGGCUCGCCGCCCUCCCACACGAAAGAGCCGCUGCAGAAGCAAUGCUCGACGAGAAACACGCACCACCGCGACACAAGUAUCCGACAGACGACAACAUCUACACCCUAGGUUCAAUACGCGAACAGGGCGGCGGCGACCACAACGUCGUGAUUGCUAGUCUCCCUGCGGGCCGUUAUGGGGUUACGCCCGCUGCCACGGCAGCGGCCCAUAUGCUCUCCAGCUUCCCCGCGAUUAAGUUCGGGCUUAUGGUUGGGAUUGGGGGCGGGAUUCCCGAUGUUGACGGGGACGGUGAGCGAGAUAUCCGGCUCGGUGAUGUGGUUGUUAGCCAGCCCUCGGGGUCCUAUGGAGGUGUGAGACAGUAUGAUCUGGGGAAAGCGACGGUUGAUGGAUUCGUGGAGACAGGAACGCUGAAUUGCCCGCCGAGGGCGUUGCUCAAUGGGGUGAGCGCGCUGCAGGGGAAGCAUGAAAUCGUGGAGAGUGAUAUUCCUCGGUUCCUUGCGUCAAUGCAACACAAGUACCCUCUCAUGGCUAGGCCCCGCCAAGGGCCUGGCUAUGUUUAUCAGGGCGCAGAGAACGACCGACUGUUUCGAGCAGAUUAUCAACACGAAAGCGGGGCUGAUUGCCGUGGAUGUAAUGCCGAGAAACAAGUUAUGCGGGAAGGGCGAUAUAACCAUGACCCAUAUAUAUUUUACGGUACGAUUGCGUCGGGAAACAAGGUGAAGUAUGCGGCGGCAACUGCAGCCGCUUAUGCGAAGGAGCUCCUCAACAAUAUGGAUGUCACCGAUGUCAGGACAACACCCGAAGCACGCAUGAUAAUGUCUGAGCUCCGCGAUCUCAAAUCCGUUACCAAUGAUAUUGCGUCCGACUUGAAGCAACUGAAUCAGAGCCAUCAGCGAAAGGCGCUGUACAAAUGGCUGACGCCGCUCAACUCAUCGGCCCGGCACAGUGACCACCAGAAAGCCCGAGCAGAGGAUACAGGGCUGUGGUUGCUUCAGGAUGCGGUAUUUCAGCAAUGGUCUUCAACCCUCGUCGCCAACGCAAAGCAGGUACUAUGUUGUUUUGGAAAUCCCGGUGUUGGAAAGACAAUCUUGACGUCCCUUGUCAUUGACCACCUCGCAAAAAGUAUAGCUACCGACCCGUGUUCUGGACUAGCAUAUAUGUACUGUGAUUACCGAGACCCAAUGCAUCGCAAGGCAGAGAACAUACUUGGAAGUAUAAUAAAGCAGCUCCUGGAGCGGCUACCUCAAAUACCCGAGACUAUCACGCAAAUCCACAAGCGCUGCAUACGGGACAACCGGGCAAUGACACUCGAAGACGCGAGGAACAUGUACAUCGCAGCCAUUUCCCAGUUCAGCAAAGUCUAUAUCUGCCUUGAUGCUCUUGAUGAGCUGACACAGGGGCCUCUGCGAGAUCUGAUAAAGUGCUUGCGGGAUGAACCAUCCCUGAGACUGUAUCUUACGAGCCGCACCCACACGCAAGAAAUCGUUGGCGAAUUGUUCGAGAACAAGCAUACCAUCAUCGUUAAGGCUCAGGAGAAAGACAUUCGACGUUUUAUCGUACGCGAGAUCGGGGGCCCUAAUGACGUUGCACCUAACGCCAUGGACAGCAAGCUAAAAGCAGAUAUCAUUGCUACUGUUGCUGGGUCAGCGCGAGGGAUGUUCCUACUACCAGUCUUACAAGUCCGCUCUAUCCUCCACGCCGUAAGCAAACGAGACCGGGAAGAGCGCUUGAGAACACUACCACAGGACCUCGGGGAAGCAUUUGCCGGCUCUCUCUCUCGCAUCGAGCAGCAGGCUAACCCUCUAGCAGAGCUUGCAAAGAAGGUGAUUACCUGGGUGCAUUUCGGCCUGCAAACUUUCACCGUCAAGAUGCUAAAGACGAUACUUGCCACUAGAGAGGGUGAUACGCAGUUUGAUCCCAGGGGGGAGCCGGAUGUGGAGCCUUUGCUAGCCUGCUGCCAUGGGCUAAUUGUUGUUGGGGAUGGGACAUCGACAAUUCGUCUGGUCCAUUACUCACUGCAGGAAUACUUUAUUCGCCAGGAGGAAUUGUUUGGCCUGAGUAGGGAGCAGUGGCAUAGUUCUCUAGCUGCCACUUGCCUUACGUUUUUAUUCUUUCCGAACCCCGACGUGGAUGAGGCGGAAAAGCAUUUGCAGGACAGCAAGCACCACAAAAGCGAUCAUAACAAAAAUGAUAGCGACGAAGACAAUACCGAC